UACUAUACAAUAUACUACUAUAAUAUAUUACAAUAAUAUACCACCUCCAGGGUGUGAUUUGAAAGAAAGCAGUGGAAUGAAAUGGUAGGUUGAUGGGGCUGGAACGAACCUUGGAGGUCAUCUAGCCCCCCCCCAUUUUCCCUCUUCUCCCACCUCGUAUCCUGGAUAAAUAAUUGUCCAGUUUUUUUCUCUUGAAAACCUCCAGCGAUGGAGCAACCACAACUCUGGGAGGCAAGCUGUUCCCUUGAUGAAUUGUUCUUGCUCUCAGGAAAUCCCUGCUUAAUUCCAGGUUGGAUUUCCCUUUGAUUGGCUGCCACCUAUUGCUUCUUGUGCAAAAGCAGCCUAGACUGGGACAGUUUACCUCCUUGGUUUCACUCCUGCACCAUCCUUGGAGGUCGUCUCGGCAGAGAACCAGGAUCUUUCUCUAAUCCAGCAGGAGCCCUGAAGUGCUUCCUGCAAGUUUUGGGGCACGGCUCCCCAGUUUGCUUGCUGUGAGCCAUACUGGCUGGCGCUGAGCGAUGCUUGGUUGCUUCUCUGCUAUAGAACAAAGUCUCUGGUGAAUUUGGGAGCUUGCAUCUCCUCAUUUUAUAUUCCAAAAAUGAUCCAGCCGAUUGCCUCAGGAGCAAGAGACUAAAGGAGCAGAAUCCCCCGAAGUCUUCUACAACCCAAACUCUGGCUUUUGACAGUGACCGUUUUCCUCCAUGCAGCAUCAACAAGCACGUUUCCUCCUGGUUGGGGAAGGAAACUUUUCCUUCUCGGUCCAUCUGUACAAAGAAAGAGGCUGUGACACUCAUAUUAUUGCUACCUGCUACGAUAGUGAAGAGUCUAUAUCUGAACAAGCUUUCACCAAAUCCAAUGUACAGUUUCUGAGAGACAAAGGUGCUGAAGUCUACUUUUCUGUCAACUGCACAAAACUGAAGGAAUACUUCUUGCCAACUAUGAGGAAUUUUGACCGUAUUUAUUUCAAUUUCCCUCACUGUGGAAAAAAGGCUGGAAUAAAAAAGAACAGGGAGCUUCUUGCCAAGUUUUUCUGCAGCUGUGCAGAUGUUCUGGCAGAGAAAGGAGACGUCCACGUGGCACUUUGCAAAGGACAAGGGGGCACCCCUGCAGACCAGCCGGUGCGUGAGUGGCACAACAGCUGGCAAGUGGUGGAGAUGGCCGCAGAAGCAGGAUUUCUCUUGAGCGGCAUCGAGCCAUUUGAUGUCAGAGACGUCGGUGGAUAUAAAUGUACAGGCUACAGGAAUCAGGAUAAAUUUUUCUGCAUCGAAGGCGCGUUGAAUCACAUAUUCACCAGGAGUGUGCCAUUUCUGUAUUCUCAACCUUUGAUUUGCAAAGUGAAGUUGGAAGGCGAAUUCGUGUCCUGCCAAAUUCCACAGAUGUUCCUAGAUAAGAUAAACAGGAACUUCUUAGGUAUUAAUUCGAAGCAUCCUGUCAGAACCAUAAAUGAAAAACUAAUCGAUGGCCUCAGCAGAUCAUUCGCAGUUCAGAAGGCGAAUUCUUCAUUUCCCUUGGUGUUCAAAGACCCUUCUGCUUCUCCUUCCUCAGACGCCUUUUGGGUGAUUCCUGUUGCCAAAAGUCACCCUGAAAUUAAGUCUGCGGCUUCUAAAAAUGACCCUGGAACUGAUCAAGAUUUGAGUUGGACCUUAGGACAAUAUUACCUUCGGCCUUCCCUGUUGGUUUUUCUUCAUUCUAUUGUAAAACAGAGGGACUUUUCUCCUCGGAGUCUGUUGGCCCUCAGCGGACUGGCUUUUAAAAAAUGUAAAAUUUCUGUUCAGGUGCCUCCUAUUUUUCACGAGGCCCUCUUUAUCUGUGCCCUUAAGGAAGGUGGAGAAGAUGCGCAGCUCCUGAUGGAGAUCCUCGUGGGCACAUUAAACUCUUUACUCCCGUCAUCUGACGUUAAGUUGACCUUUCUGAACCAGGAGCCAGAAAGCAGUGAGCAGGAGGCCUUUCUAUCUUCUCCAGAACUGUUUCUGCUCAACCCAAAACACGCCGUGACGGUGAGCUGCCAGGGCUUUGAUUCUGGCCCCAAGGAAUUUCGUGUCGGGACAAUAAGCAUCGUUCGCUGGCAACCUCCGAGCGUUCACCAAAACAUGGCUUGCAUCUCCUUGAACCUCGAUCUUCUGGCCAUGUGCGCGUGUGGCAUUUCUGACUGGCGGAUGCUCUGGACUCCGGACGAGCGUUUUGGCAGCCAGUUUUCAGGGGGCCGCUUAGGCCUUUUCCAGAGCUUUUCCCUCCAUCCACCGACCUACGUCCACGACAUCAGCUUCUGGCUCCCAGAGGCAGAAAUGUUCUGUGAAGUCCAGUUUCACUCCAUUGCCAGGCAUGUGUCUUUGGACACGGUUGCGUCUGUCCGGCUGCUUGACCGUUUUCAGCGGCUGGGCACAGCGCCCGCCACCAGCCUGUGCUACAGGCUCACUUACCAGUCGUGUGACAAAGCGCUCGGUCGCCCCCAGGUGGCAGCCAUGCAGAAGGAGCUCAGGGAAGAACUGCAGCGUUGCCUCCGGGUGAUGGUUAGGGAAGAGAGGGGGGGGGGAACAAUUGCGCCUGCGCCGUGCCCACACCGAGGAUGGCGGCGGCCGGCGUCGCGUCCCCGCACUGAGCGCCACGAGCCCGGCCGCCUGCCCACACUCGGCAUGGCAGCCAAGGGGGGCCGGCAGCGGCCUCGAUGGGGCGGUGGGGAUUCGGCGGCGCCUGCCCGGCAGCGAGACGAGGGUCCUGCGCCGCAGCCGGCCGCCGAGGAGAACAAAGCCGAGUCCUCAGGAACCAAAGCAGGCCACGUCUGGGCUCCUGAAGGAUCAACGGCUUUCAAGUGUCUAAUCUCAGCCAGGUUCUGUGCAGCUUUGCUGAGUAACAUCUCUGACUGCGAUGAAACCUUCAACUACUGGGAGCCUAUGCACUACCUCGUUUAUGGCAAAGGAUUCCAGACGUGGGAAUAUUCUCCUGUUUAUGCCAUUCGCUCCUAUGCGUACCUGUGGCUCCAUGCUCUGCCGGCCCUCUUCCAUGCUAGAGUUCUCCAAACAAACAAGGUCCUCAUCUUCUACUUCCUGCGCUGCCUUUUGGCCUUCCUGAGUUGCGUUUGCGAGCUUUAUUUUUAUAAGGCAGUGUGCAAGAAGUUUGGGCUUCAUGUGAGCAGGCUUAUGCUGGCUUUCUUGAUUCUUAGCACCGGGAUGUUCUGCUCGGCCUCAGCCUUCCUUCCCAGCAGCUUCUGCAUGUAUUGUACCAUCGUAGCCAUGACAGGCUGGUACAUGGACCGAACAUCCUUGGCAGUCCUGGGUGUGGCCGCCGGAGCCAUUGUGGGUUGGCCGUUCAGCGCAGCGUUGGGCCUCCCAAUUGCCUUCGACUUGCUGGUCCUGAAGAGGCGGUGGAAGAGUUUCCUGCAGUGGUCCUUGGUGUCCCUACUGGUGUUUCUGGUGCCCAUGGUGGCCAUCGAUAGCUACCACUAUGGGAAGCUGGUGGUAGCCCCUCUGAACAUCAUCUUGUAUAACGUCUUCACCCCACACGGGCCAGACCUUUACGGCACGGAGCCCUGGUCCUUCUACUUCAUCAACGGCUUCCUGAACUUCAACGUGGCCUUCAUCCUGGCCUUGCUGGCUUUGCCCUUGACCUGCCUGAUGGAGACCCUCCUGCAGAAGUUUCGUGUCCAAAACCUGGGCCGCCCGUACUGGCUGACACUUUCUCCCAUGUACAUCUGGUUCCUGAUCUUCUUCAUCCAGCCGCACAAAGAGGAGAGGUUUCUGUACCCCAUCUACCCCCUGAUUUGUCUCUGCGGAGCAGUGGGGCUCUCGGCCCUCCAGAAAUGUUAUCACUUUGUCUUCCAACGGUACCGUCUGGAGCAUUACACCGUCUCUUCCAACUGGCUGGCGCUGGGCACCGUCCUGGUCUUCGGCCUGCUCUCCUUCUCCCGCUCGGUGGCUUUAUUCAGAGGUGGGUCUGGGCAAGGCAAGGAGGCAUCCUGGGGUCUACGACCAUUUGCCACGGCCAGCUCGCCAUGGGACAAGAGUUACACUAAUAUCAAAGAGAUUGGCGGAAUAGACUCAUUAAAGAAAGGAUGCAAAAGGAGGGGCAGAAUGAAAUGGGAACGCGAGUUGCCUAUGUUGGGUCAUGAAACGUCUGCAAGAAAACCAGUCUUGCCGGAAGGAGUUCCUCUGGCAGGGCUGGGACCAGCUGCCCUCUUCCUGCUGCUCGGGCAGCUUUGCUCAGAGCAGCAGCCCCCCCCCCCCCCCCCAGCAGCCUGCCUGAAGCCAGAGAGACCCCUCCCUCACCGAGGCUCUUUCCUCCCGCAGUUCGACCUCUCCAAAUGCCACUACCUGGUGGAUCUGGACAGCCCCGACGAAGCUCCCCGGGAGCCCAGGUACGCGGCUAACAAGGAGGAGUGGAUCACGAUCGCUUACAAGCCUUUCCUGGAUAGCUUAAGAUCCUCAAGGUUGUUCCGGGCUUUCUACGUUCCUUUCCUCUCCGACCAACACACAAACUACAUGAACUACACCAUCUUGAAGCCUCGGCGGGCGAAACUCGGCCGGAAGAAAUCGGGAGCCUAGAAAGGAUUGAAGAAGAGACACUCCCAGCUUCCUCUUUGGAUUUUGGGAUCCUCUCCCCAAUUUUGUGAGUUCCGGCCUAGGAGAGAAAGAAAAGAAAAGAAAAGAAAAGAAAAGAAAAGAAGAAAAGAAAAGAAAAGAAAAGAAAAGAAAAGAAAAGAAAAGAAAGAAAGAAAGAAAGAAAGAAAGAAAGAAAGAAAGAAAGAAAGAAAGAAGAAAAACUUGUUCUGUUGGUGACGGUUUCCCGUUUUGUCGGCAAGAUCCAAUGGUUCCUUUUCACACACACACACACACACACACACACACACACAGGGGAAAACAUUUUACCAGGUAUUUUUAAUGCUGGUUAAGGAAGCCAAAAGAGCAGAACUGGAUUCCUGGCUGCAGAGCAGAGCAGAGCUGGGCUGGGCAGGGCUGCUGUGGGGCCUGGGGUCAUUUCCAACCCCCCCACCCCCCCCCCCCCCCCCCCCCUUCUCUUU